UCCCAUAACCAAUAAAUAUACCACACCCCGAACUUGAUCGCAUGCGCCUUUCGCCUUUUGGACCUUUUGGAUGGUUGCUUCUGAGGUGUCACCUAAUUUGAGUGGCUGGCUUGUCGAGGAAUUCUCGAGUCCCGAGUACAACUUUCGCGCGUCGACUAUCCAUAUUCCCGUCGCACUUAACGAUAUACUGAAAUAUUUGUGGGCUAAGACAAUAUUUAUACUUCAUUGGCAACCCAAUUGAUCACUUCUCACCAUUUAAUUGCUUGCUUUUACGGCUAGUCACACUUGCGACGACAAUUGCGACUCCAGGUUACCCUGGCGGAAGUGCUCCGGUCUCCAGACUGGAUGCCAUAGCCCGCCGUGAUGGAUAGCACAACUUGUAAUGUGAUCUACGUGGAUCGUAACGUGCUCGAGGACCGGUCACUAAGAUCCGAGAGCACGGAACUGCACGAAUCUGGAGAGCUUAGGAAGAAUUUGGGGCUUCUAUUAGAUGCCUUCGGCGAUGUGCAUGUGUGCGCAAGCGGUUCUGCUUGUAUAUCCAAGCUAUUCCACUUGCAAGAUACCUCCAUGGUAGGGCUAAAACCGACUCUUGUAUUAAUUGACACGCCGUAUGAUGAACAAGUGCUGGACCCGUUACCACCCGAACGAGACCAUUCUCCUUUCUCCGAGUCCGAGCAGGGCGAGCAGAAAAACGGACAGCUGGAUGAAGAGCUGUACGGAUUAAGACUGCUUGAGCGAAUCGUUUACGAGACCCAUCUAAGAAGCCUCUCAAAAUUAGUCGUGCCCAUUCCCGUCAUCAGCUUUCCCUCACUACGAACCCCUCCAGCGAACGAUGGUACAAACGAUGAUCCUCCGCAGCCAGCUUAUGCAGACUACCUCUCAGAAGUACCCGGUGCGACUGGCAAAUCAUUAACAAAUCGCGCCCUACUAAGAAAGUGCAUUGACUCUGGUGCGGUGGAUGUAAUGGCUAGCCCCUUGCAUUUCAAAACGUUAACGACUCUCGAAGUUCAUGCAUACCGGGCGCACAAAGAAGCUGCCAGGGAACAGCAGGCAGCGUUGGAGGUUCGGAGGGGUCGUAAACGGUCUUGGGUAGGUGUGCAUGAGGAGCAGCCUUACUCGUACCUGAGAGAGGCUAUGGUAUCGGGGUUAAUGAGAGGGAUUUGUCAUUCCGACGAGGACCCUGAACAUCGCAUUGGCAACGUCAAGGUUAAUGUUCCAUCUGACGAACAAUCUCAAAUUGCUAAGGCUAUCGGGAAAUGGCAUUUCUCCGCUCAUGAUUUCUGUGACGACUCUCUUCUUAUCGCGGCCAUUCUAAUGUUCAAACACGCCUUUUCCAUGCCGGAACUUGAACAUUGGCGACUAUCAACAGAGCAGUUGACCACUUUUCUCGUUGCAACACGAGCUGCAUAUAACACUUUCGUACCGUAUCAUAACUUUCGUCACGCGGUCGAUGUUCUCCAGGCGACCUUCAAUUUUCUUGUUCAAAUCGGGGCAUUGCCGCCAUAUCCCUCCCGGCUCAGGUCUUCAGCCGGGUCAAUCAAGAAAUAUCCACUUGUGACUUUAAUCGGGCCUUUCGAGGCAUUAGCUCUUCUCGUAGGAGCGAUCGGCCACGACGUUGGUCAUCCUGGUGUAAAUAAUGGCUUUUUAACCGUACUUAAUGCGCCCCUGGCACAGUUAUACAAUGACCGGUCUGUUCUCGAAUCUUUCCAUUGCGCGGCUUAUUCACAAAUUCUACGAAGAUAUUGGCCUAAAGUCUUCGAAGAUACAAAAAUGCGCACUCUUAUGACCAGCUCGAUCUUGGCAACAGAUAUGGGUGUGCACUUCGAUUACAUGACCAAGCUUGAGAACCUCGAAACGGAGCUGAAAAAUGGUCCAAUUGAGAAUUGGAGCGGGAAAACUAUUGAGAAACAGACCACGCUUAUAUGUUGCCUGAUCAUAAAGUGCGCCGACAUCAGUAAUGUUGCACGAAAGUAUGAGGCAGCACUCCAAUGGAUGUAUAUCCUUUGUGAUGAAUUUUCGCGGCAAGCAACGAUGGAGAAUGAUAUCGGCAUUGAAUCGUCCCUCAUCUCGCGUCCUAAGAAGGAUUUCUUGUCGCUGGCUCAGGCCCAAAUAAAAUUCAUGGAAAUAUUCGCUAUUCCUUUGUUUCGGGGGAUCGCCGGUGUGCUGCCUACGAUGCAGUACACCGUAGACGAACUGGAAACAAAUAGGGCGCUAUUUGAGAAGACCGUGCAACAGAUUCCGCGGAUGGAAGAGGAACAACGGAGAAUAUUUACAGAAGGUGUCCUUUCGUCUCAUGCUUUAGGACUAGCCAUCCAUGCAGAAGGCGUCGAAAACUUCCGAAGAGACCCUAGAAAGCGCAAUUUAGUCUCGAACCAUACUGAAAUGAAGAAGGCAGGCAAAUCUCCUCCCGACCAGCUCUAUGAUGUCGCCUAUGUUCGAGAAGGAUACAAAGAAAUGAACGGAAUUCCAGUCGGGUUCGACAACGAUCCGUUCAGCAGUAACGAAUCGGACAUUCGAGUAGCUGGAUAUCAGGGCAAACAGCGUUGUAGCGAGACAACGGAUGGGAGCAAUUCAGUGCCUCCCGGGGAUUGGCAGUCGCAAGCUACCAGUGCUACUACAGGCAAAAUGCCACUCUCGCCAAGCACUCAAGGGACGAGCAUUGUCAGUCAAGAAUCUAUCGAGCGUCCUGGAAGCGUCCCAGUUACGAAAGUCCCAGUACCUGAACACCACACAGCGGGGCCAAUGCAGAGCCUUGAUUCGGGCAACUUCGAGGAUGAUUCUAACGGAAAUACCCUCAAACCAGAAAUACCACUCAAGAAGAAGACCAGCAGGUUUAGGAUGAAUGUCUCAACCUUUUUCCGGAGGAACAAGGGUGCAAGCUCGCCGUCAUCCGGCGGUUCUUGAGACUAUUAGAAUGGUAAAUCAGUAGUUAAGAUGAUUCAGCAACGGCACACAACUACAGUUGGCAGAUACUAGAGCAUCGGUACGCGUU